GGACGUGCGACGAUCGAUGGCGAGGACCACGGCCAUGCGCGUGGCGACGGUGUGCAUGCUUCUGCUGCUGCUCGUCUCGACGGCCACGGCCACGGCGACGGAGCACCGGGACCUGGCGGAAGAGGGCACAAGCCCGCCGGCGGCGAGCCCGGCUGCCGACGGCGCCCCGGCCGACAAGGAACCCCCGGAAGGCCACCUCGGCUUCCGCGUCGUCACGGGCCUCAUCGAGAAGGCUACCGGCAAGAGCGCCCGUCUGGACCUGGAAAAGGAGGAGAAACUUCAUUAG